AUGCGGCUGCAGGCUAUCCGCCGGUCAGAGACAGUUCGCGAUCAGACAAAAUUCAUUAUCUUCCUCGGCACGCCGCACCGGGGCAGCGCAUACGCAGGCUGGGGUCAGAUUGCUUCGAACCUCGCUCGUCUGGCACUGCAAGACUCGAACAAGCGGCUGCUCGAGACGCUCGAAGUGAACAACGAAGUGCUCGACAACAUCCACGAGGAGUUUAAGACGAUUGCGUUCAAGGGAACGCUGAAGGUCCACACCUUCCAGGAGUCACGCGGAAUUAGUGGCAUGAAAGGGCUUAACGAGAAGGUGGUGGACGACUUCUCGUCGAAACUCGACCUCCCGCGAGAACUAGAGACGGUGGAGAGCAUCGACGCGAACCACAUGCAAAUGGCUCGAUACAGCAGCCGAGACGACCAAGGGUACCGUGCCGUCUCUGGUGUGUUGAAGGCCUUUGUGCGGCAGGAGCUAGGAAGCCAGCAGGUACCGCCUGCUGUUGUCGUAGACACGGCGGACGUUGCAUGUACGUAA